CCGCAAGUAAAUCGCCAACAGUUGACGCUCUUUCUUUAGCUGAUCGGGGGCCACGACCUCCGCGCCUCUUACUUCAAGAUGUCUGGGCGAAAGGAUUUCCUGUCCAUGCCCGCCCCCGAGAACUAUGUGGCAGGUCUCGGGCGUGGUGCGACUGGUUUUACAACGCGUUCGGACUUGGGUCCUGCGAGGGAGGGACCCAGCGAGGAGCAGCUGAAGGAAGCCCUUGCUAAACGAGCUAAGCAACUAGAACUGGGCACGCCAACUGCGUAUGGCGUUACGGAAAAGAAUGAUGAAGACGACGACGACGAUCGUUUUAGAGACCCGGACGAUGACCAGGGCUUGUUUGCUGGAGGCCUAUACGACAAAGAUGAUGACGAGGCGGACAGGAUUUACCAAGCUGUUGAUGAGCGCAUGGAAAGAAGGAGAAAAGCUCAGAGAUUGCCGACUUGAUACCGUCUAGGGAGGCCCGCGAGAAACGAGAGCGCGAAGAAUACGAAGCGAAGAACCCAAAAAUAUCCCAGCAAUUUGCAGACGCAAAGCGUGCGUUAUCCACUAUCUCAGAAGAGGAAUGGGCAAAUUUACCCGAGGUUGGUGAUCUGACUGGACGCAAUAAACGAGCGAGGACGAGUCGGAUGCAGCGGUUUUAUGCUGUUCCAGAUAGCGUUCUGGCGGCUCAGAGAGAUGCUGGCCAAAUGGACACAAGUAUUGAUGCGCGGGAAAGUUUACCAGCCAACGGAGUCGCGAAUGGAGAUGCAGCGGAUGGCACCGUCACCAAUUUCGCGCAGAUCGGUGCAGCAAGAGAAAAACAGUUAUCCCUCCGACUCGAGCAGGCCGAGAAAGCCGGUACUGAGACAAUGGGUGGCACAUCAACAAGUAUAGAUCCGAAAGGCUAUCUGACUAGCCUGGCCACCUCCGAAGUGAAGGCCACCGAGCUGAACCUGGGCGAUAUCUCAAGAACGCGUCUCCUUCUUGAGUCCGUCACCAAUAGCAACCCUACACACGCACCAGGCUGGAUAUCAGCAGCUCGCCUAGAAGAACACGCUGGAAAGCAUGGUGCUGCCCGCAGCAAGAUCAUGCAAGGAUGUCAGAGGUGCCCGAAGAGUGAAGACGUAUGGCUCGAGGCUAUUCGACUUCACAUGGAGGGCAAUAACCGCAAUGCUAAAGUAAUAGCAGCAGAUGCCAUCAAGGAAAACCCGCGGAGUAUCAAGUUGUGGAUUGCAGCGUCCGAGCUUGAAACCGAGCCAAACUCACGGAAGAAAGUUCUACGAAAGGCCAUUGAUAACAAUCCGAAGUCCGUUCAGCUGUGGAAAGCUGCGGCUAAUUUGGAAGAGCCGAAGGAUGCUAUGCUUAUGCUUGCGAAAGCGACGCAAUUUGUACCUUCAAGUGUUGAUUUGUGGCUUGCCUAUGCAAGAUUAUGCACCAAAGAGCAAGCCGAACAAGUUCUCAAUCAAGCACGUCGCGCUAUACCAACGUCUCAUGAAAUUUGGGUGGCAGCUACGCGUCUCCAGGAGCAGGGAGGCAAUUUUGAUUUGGCCAGGAAGGUCAUGAGCCGUGGUAUCAAGGCCUUGGCGAAAGAAUCAGCUAUGCUUAAACGAGAAGAAUGGAUUGCAGAGGCCGAGAAGGUGGAGGCGGAAGGCGCUGUGGUCACAUGCCAAGCUAUCAUUGAGAAUACACUUGGCUGGGGUCUUGAUGAGGAUGACGAUCGUAAGGAUAUCUGGAUGGACGAUGCAAAGGAGAGUGAAAAUCGUGGGAGGUAUCAUACAGCUCGUGCUAUUUACGCAUACGCAUUGCGUGUUUUUGCCAACAAAGCGUCGAUAUGGAAGGCCGCAUCUGAAUUGGAACGAAGGGCGGGCACGACCGAGUCACUCAUCAACCUCUUGGAAAAGGCUGUGGAAGCAUGUCCUAAGAGCGAUGAUUUGUGGCUGUCAUUGGCGAGAGAGAAGUGGCAAGGUGGGGACAUUGACGGCGCCCGACUUGUACUUGGACGUGCUUUCAAGCAAAACGCGAGCGAAAGUAUUUGGCUUGCAGCGGUUAAGCUGGAGGCUGACGCUGGGUUCAAGGACAAAGCGCAGGCUCUACUUGCGCAAGCGCGACAGGCAGCUAGUACUGAUCGCAUUUGGUACAAGAGCGUGGCUUUUGAACGACAACAAGGUCGUGAUGACGAGGCUCUCGACCUUGUUAACCAAGGUCUGCAAAUAUUCCCCGGUAAUGCCAAGCUGUGGAUGCAGAAGGGACAGAUUUAUGAGGCCAAGGGUAACAUUCCAAAGGCCCGUGAGGCGUAUAACGCAGGCACUCGGGCAUCUCCGAAAUCGUCACCCCUCUGGAUACUUGCGGCAAGACUGGAAGAGAAGCAAGGUAUACUUGUCAAAGCACGCUCAAUACUUGACCGUGCUCGUCUUGCCAUCCCGAAAAAUGACGUUCUCUGGACCGAAUCGGUACGCCUCGAGCGCCGGAACAAUAAUAUCAACGCAGCGCAAAAUCUCAUGGCUAGGGCCCAACAAGAGCUUCCUAAAUCCGCACUUCUCUGGUCGGAGCGUAUUAUGCACCUUGAGUCACGUACGGCGCGAAAAGCACGUGCUAUUGAAGCAGCGAGGCUCGUGGGUGACGAUAAGUUCUUGUUUAUAACAUUUUCACGUAUCUUCUGGGCCGAGCGGAAGCUGGAUAAGGCGGUGACAUGGUUCGAGAAAGCGAUUAUUGUGGAUCCGGACUGGGGAGAUAGCUGGGCUUGGUACUAUAAGUUCCUAAUACAGCAUGGCACUGAGGAGAAGAAGGCAGAAGUAUUGGCACAGUGUGCUAAAGCGGCACCAAGGCAUGGAGAAGUGUGGCAGAGAAUUGCGAAAGAUCCGGCCAACAACGGGCUGAAGGUAGAAGAUAUAUUGAUGAGGGCGGUAAAGGAAAUUGAUAAGGAAUAAUUGUGGAUGUGUAACUAAGACAGUUGCCCGUAGAACAUGACUAUUCUGAAAUGAACAAACAAGGCUCCGCGAUUGUGGAAACCAAGCCGAAGGAAGGAAACUCC